AUGGCGGAUGCCGAAUGGGAAAUAUCGGCUCUCUCUUUCCCCACUGAAGUGGAAAAUGAAGAAGGCAUCCAACACUUGACAGUGAUCUCGCCGCAAUUGAAUACCGCGGCCAAAUGCGAUGCCAAUAGCGGCGAUAGUUCCCAGAAGCAGCCCGAUGACUUUGGAGUCCCGCCGUUAUGCCCCAUACCUUCCGGAGGUGGCAGCAGUGCGAACGCUGAGGUUGCGCAGGAAAGGCACCUUGUUGAACUUCUGCAUAAAGCCUCACAGGUCAUCAAGGAGGAGCGGGCACGCUCUGCCACCCUUCAGCAAGAGCUGAAUGAGUUGCGUCAGUCUAGCUCGGCACAGCUUGUUACGCAGCAGCUUCAGAAUGAAAACCGGGAGCUAAAAAGAGAGUUAUUGUCCCUGCAUAAUCAAAUGGAUAAAGCGCAGGCGUAUGACCUGCAGCCGAGGCGUCAGGUAGGAAAGAAGAAAGAUCAGAGAUCGGUGAGAAGCGGCAGCUUGCCCUCAAUGGAGCGCGGCACCGACAGCGUUACAUCGAGGCCGUCAGCGUCGCGGACACCAUUUACGCCAUUGACUGCGAACACUGAUGCUGGCGGAAGUUACAGCGACGCACAGCACAGGAAGAGACAGGCCGUCUCGCUUCAGCGGCGACAACUACUCGCCCCAAGCGAGAGUUCCAGGGAAAGGGGCUCCAGCGGCUCGCAACAAAUACAGGAACCCCCAUCAUCCCCACAAAAACAACAACAAGAAGAGCGGAAUCAGAAGACGAAACAGCAAUAUGCUGCAAAGAAACGUGCGUCAUCGUCAUUGUCCAAUUUACCAUUCGUCCCGCAGAAACAGUUGCCUAACGAUAAAAAGGAGGAGGUGUUGGUGUUGCCGCAGUCCCUUUUGAAAUCUCCCGCUGCGGAGGAGAUCUGGCAAGCCAAUGCGUCGUAUAACCGUGAGACGGCGUACAGUUUGGGAAUGAUCACACGACUUCGCCGCGCGAUGGCGCCACCACCCACAAAAGAGCAGUUGGGUGAAGUUAUCCAUGCGAUGGUGCAGGAGAUUGUGCGGGAUGCACGUCGUCGUGGAAUUGGCCUGAAAUUAACGCGUCAAGCACCGUGUGUGUAUCUUUUUGAACUGCGAGGCGCUACCUCCAAAAAGGGGAAGGGCGACACUGCACGCGUUGUGCAUCUUUCAAUUGACAGUGGACGUCUUUCUGUGAAGGUAGGCGGUGGCCACGAAAACCUUUUAGAAUACAUAGAGCGAUAUCAUUCCCUGUCAAGCGUGUAG